UAGGCACACAAGAGGAGAGACAGACGGAGAAAGAAGCAGUAGUUGAGAAGAAGGUGGAGCCACACACACAUACACGCACACACAUCCAUCCACACCGGGAAGGAAAAAUGCCUAAUUUUGCUGGCACCUGGAAGAUGAAAAGCAGUGAGAAUUUUGACGAGUUGCUCAAGGCACUGGGUGUUAACGCCAUGCUGAGGAAGAUCGCUGUGGCGGCCGCUUCCAAGCCUCACGUGGAGAUCCGGCAGAAUGGCGAGGAAUUCUACAUCAAGACUUCCACCACGGUCCGCACCACAGAAAUCAACUUCCUCGUUGGCGAGGAGUUCAACGAGGAGACCGUGGAUGGAAGAAAGUGUAAGAGUCUGGCCACCUGGGAGACAGAAAACAAAAUGUACUGCAAACAGACUCUCCUGAGCGGCAACGGGCCAAAAACCUUCUGGACCAGAGAGCUCAGAGGGGAUGAACUCAUACUUACUUUUGGAGCUGACGAUGUGGUGUGCACAAGGAUCUACAUGCGAGCGUAGCCGAAAACGGUUUCUUCAAGUAUUCAGCAUGUCAGCCUUUUCAUACUAUUUUAUAACAUCAUACAUGACAGGACGACCUGGAUUUGGUGCCGUAAAUCAGCAUUUAACAACAACAUAUUGGUGUUUUCGUGUAAUAAGUGACAUGAUAUGGCUUCAUUAAACUUCGAUGUGGCAGUAUUUUGAGUGUAAAGUUUUGGUUUGGAUGAAACCGAAGCGAAAAGACGAAAACUUAUUUCUCUCUAUAAAGGAUAGUUUAAUAGCAAACACCUGGCUAACACAUGUACACCGAGAGACGAGAACAGACAGUGAAAGAUACAUAUAAUGUAUUUGUGUACACAAUCAGCUUCUCGGGACUAUGUGGCAUUUCAUCCACAAUAAACACAGUGAAUACAAAAAUAAAACCUAAACUGCUAGAUUGUCUGUAUAGCUGGUUUGAUAAUCACUGAAAAGUCUGUAUCGAUGUUGCCAGUCCUUGCUUCGGUGUCAAACCUAUUUACAUUGCUUGUCUUGUAAACCUUUUUGAAAAAUGUAUACAUGUAUUUGCUAACAUCCACUGUGGAAACCAGAAACCUAGACACGACAAUAAAUGAUCCCCCAUCCCACUUUGUCCGAUAAGAAAUCAGACUAAUCCUUUGCUCACUCAUUUAACAGCCACUGGCUGUUCAUAUCCAUAUAAAAUAAUACUAUAAUUGAGACAGUGCCCAGUGUCCACAUACAUGAACAUCUCUUUUUGGGUCAUCUAGGCCACACUUGCAUACGAAACGUAAUAUAGUUGUCUGCAUGACCCAGAAUGUGAUGCCCACAUACCGUAUAUAUUUGCGUACCCAAAUUUUUGCCCCAAAAUGCGGGCGCGACCGAUACACCCGAUCUGCUGACCAAUGACCAAUUUAGACUGUCUGAACUGAAAAAGCAUGCAACUUAGUAUCAGCUCCGUACACUAACUAUACAGAAGUUGCGCCCAAAAUAAUAUGCAAAUGUCUAAUAUAAAAAAAUACAACAUCUCGUACAACAACAAAAAAUUGCACUGCACUUUAAACAAACAGUACUUAGGAACAAAACUCGCCUAAGGAAGAAAUAAACACCAAGAUUGUGGCCGAAGCUGCAACUGUGUACGUCAUGCAGCCAUCUUGGAUUUCACACAGUUGUCAAGCGACCUCAAAAGUGUGGUCUUGUAGCACGCAAAUAAACGGUAGUUACCUGAAGUUAUAGUUAAGUGAUGGUGAUGAUGAGAAAUUUUAAGGGGUUCCAUCCAUGAUGACGGGGAAGAGUUAUCGUAAGACAGUUAAGAAAGUUACGUUUAAAAAAAAAAAAAAAAAAAAAACUAGAAAUUUAAUAUAUUACCAACAUUGGAUUUGUUUGUGUUGUGCACUUAGUUGUUACUAUGUAUGCAAGUUGUUACUCAAAAUAAAUACAAUCAAAUAAAUAAUGCCAUGAAGUUUUGUUUCAGUCAUAUUGGUAUUUAAAAUUGGUCCAAAAAAUUGCUAAACUUUUUUUUGCUAUAAUAUUGUGGUGCGACCUAUAUGAAGGUCAACCUAAAGUACCUCCCCUUUUUAACUACAAACUAGGGGCGCAACCUACACACGUGAGUAUACACGGUAUGUCAGCAUCAGGCAUUUUAUUUGGUUACCCUUUUUUUUUUAAGAACUACUACAAACAAUCACAUGCCCUUUAAAGGAUUAACAAUUAAAAAGUCUUUUAUAUAACAUACUGUCUAUAGAUUUCUGGUUUCAACUGUAAAUGUGUGGCACAUGGAAAUUGGAGUCAAAGGCUGAAUUUCACUCCUGUACAACCUCAGAAAAUAUUAAUAAAACUACAACUGCUCUCACUUUUUCCAACAAUGACUACAACCUCUAAAUAAAAAAUGAGUUUUAGAGUUAAGGGGAGGGGAUAUAAUGUUUUACAACCAUUAACAUUCACAGUAGGGUAUAAGUAUUGCUGGUUCUGCUGACCCAAAUACUUUACAUGGCUGUCAUUGACGGCUAGAACUACUAUAUACACAUCAGUUGGAGAGGAAUUGACACUAAGCAUGGAGAAAAUAUACACAUUCAAAUCCAGGUUUCACUGAAUAAAUCUGUCACACAGAUUUAGAUUGUUUGGACAAACUCAAAUAAAACAAUGAGUUGUUGGUGGUUCAUUUUAGCCUUAAAAACUGUACCUUCCAAACAGAUAGAGUACACAUGAGUACAAUAUUCUGCUUGGCCAAAGUCAUUCGUUUUAAAAUCACUUGUAAGUCAGAGUGAUUUCAAAGACGGUUUAAAAUGGUGCAGACGGAUCAGUCCUAUAAAAUAGUGAUCUAGUAUCUCCAGACUUGACCUUCACCAGAUCACAAAUAUCGAGGUCCCUAAAUCCAACCUCCACACACUGUACUAAUAAUAAUAAUAAUAAUAAUAAUAAUAAAAACUUUACAUUUUGCAUUGUUUUGCAUUUAGCUAAAUAUUGACACUGUGUCAUACAGUGCACUAUACAAGGACAGCAGACCUUUACAAAAAGUGGUUGGCGCGUCCUUACUUUUAUGGACUUGUUGUUGACUCCAGUGUGCACAAGUGCACCUUUACCAGCAAGGCAAACAUUCACUGCCCAAUUUUACAAGCAAAAUUCUUGUCGCCUCUGUCCCCAAAAGACGAAAA